UCCAUCAUCUACUCUGAUGAGAAUCAGUCUUGUGUGUGUGUGUGUGUGUUUGGGUGUGUGUGGCUGGAAGAGUGUCAGAUGAGGACUGCGGUUCAUUAAUUAGAGUAAAUUAUAAAUCUCAGAACCCAGAGUGACCAUGCAGACCCUCACUCCUCAUGUUUACUGGGCUCAGCGACACGGAGAGAUUUAUCUCCGGGUGGAACUGAGCGAUGCAAAGAAUCUCGACAUCGGCCUGCAAGAAAACAACACACUUCAGUUUAGAGCACAGGGCCAUGGAGCUAAAGGAGAUAAUGAAUACGAGUUCAGUUUGGAGUUCCUGGAACCUGUUAGACCAGAGAUCAACCACAAGUCCACCCAGCGUCAGGUGGACAUCAAGAUCAGGAAGCAGGAGGAGCGCUGGUGGGAUCGGCUGACACUGCAGGAGAAGAAGCCUCUGUUUUUGGCUCCCGACUUUGACCGCUGGCUGGACGAGUCCGAUGCCGAGAUGGAGCUUCAGGCUAAGGAAGAAGAGAAGAUUAACAGGAUAAGUGUGGAGUCAAGAGUUCGUAAAGACCCCUACCUCGGCCUGAAGAGAGGCUAUUUGUUUAUGUACAACCUGGUGCAGUUUCUGGGAUUCUCCUGGAUCUUUGUCAACAUGACUGUUCGACUCUUCAUUCUUGGUCAAGAUUCGUUUUAUGACACCUUUCACACCACCGCAGACAUGAUGUAUUUCUGUCAGAUGAUGGCGGUGAUCGAGGUCAUUAAUCCCUUGUUGGGUCUGGUUAAGACUGGAUUUUUUCCUGCUAUGAUACAGGUGGCAGGGAGGAACGUCAUUCUGUUCGUUAUCUUCGGCAGUCUGGAAGAGAUGCAGAACAAGUCGGUAGUCUUCUUCGUGUUCUACCUCUGGAGCACCAUCGAGAUCUUCAGGUACCCUUUCUACAUGCUGGCCUGCAUCAGCACAGAGUGGAAGCUGCUAACUUGGCUGAGAUACAGCCUCUGGAUCCCUCUGUACCCGCUGGGCGUUGUGGCUGAAGCGGUGGCUGUCAUCCAGUCCCUGCCCAUCUUUGAUGAGACGCGUCUGUUCAGCCUCCCCCUCCCUGCGGUGCUGGGACACUCUUUAAGCUUCUCCUACACUCUGCAGCUCUACCUGGUCCUCAUGUUCCUGGGACUCUUCAUCAAUUUCCGACACCUGUAUAAGCAGAGGAGGAGACGAUACCGCACGAGGAAAAGGAAAGUCCACUAACUGAUCAGCACCUUGAUAUUGCACACACCCUCUGAACUGCCGGCCACCUAAAGAUAAAGCAGCUGUUUCCUUUUCCUCUGAUUGCCUUUUCUUAUCUUUCCUACACACACACUCACUUGAUGUUGGCGUACUGGUCACCUUAUUCCUCCACUGGUGAACUGGGAACGUUAUUCAGACCAAAUCCUGUAAAUCCUACUGUACCUGCUCGACAUCUCACUGUUGAACAGGCAAGGUUGAUCCAGCUAUACUACUGUGAGUUUGAGUUGUUACUGUUUUUUCUGUUAAACAUGUCCAUCAAGAUUUCUGUCCACGUCUGCUGUCACUGUCUAAUUUCUUUUAUUAUUAUUAUUCCUGAUUAGUUCUUUUUUCUUUUGAUUUUCACGUUUACACGAAGUGUUUCCUUUCUGAAAAUAUAGGAGUCAUUUGAUUCAAAAAGUAGUAGUUACCCUCAGAACGGCUCUUCAGAACAUGUUUUAAUGGCUCUUUAACCCACAAUUCACAGAUGCAUUUACACAUUUAUUAAACUGUUAUAUUGUUGUUGAGUUUAAAUGCAACUGAAAGCCAAUACAGCUUUGAAACUCUUA